GCCAAAUAUCCACGGCCAUCGGGCCAUCCCUCAUCCCUGCCAGAGCUCCGCAUCCUCCCGGCUAUGGCGCUCAAGCCCGACCUUUCGCCCGUGCUGAUACUGCUGUGGGCGGCCGUAUCGCUGGUGAUGGCAGCGGCCCUGGUCAUCGUCAACAAACGCGUCCUGCAUGAGUUCCCCUUCCCACUUGCACUGACCUCGUUGCAGCAUACCCUGCGCUGGGCCACCAUCUCGCUCGCGACGAUCGCCUUUGACUUUGAUCACUUUGAGCCCUUUGGACCCUCCAGGGGCCUGCGCGACUACUUUCUGGACAACCCGCUCUCGACUGCGCGUUUCUCGCUUUGGAGGGCGGUGAAGCGAUGUUUGCGGCUGCCCAACAUCACCGGCGGUCUUGGACUGGCCCUGACCUUUGCCGUCGGAACGCUGUCGACCAACUGCAGUCUGGCCUUCAACACCGUUGGGACAUCUCAGGCACUGAGGAUCCUGAGCAUUCCGCUGACGGCGCUCCUGCAAGCCCACACCUGCACUCGCCGCAGUAACGGAACGGCCGUCUCGAUCGCCCUGAUCCUCGCCGGCGUGGGUCUGGCCACCUUUCGAGACUACUGGCGCAACGUGGUCGGCAUUGUGUGGGGCCUACUCGGGGCCGUUGCCACCGCCCUCACCAACACGGCGCCCUCGCGGCCGAUCCAUGCCCGGCUCGGUCGAUUUGGUUUCCAAACCAUCCAGUUGGUGACGCCAUAUGUUGCCAUUAUCUGUCUCGCUGGCAGCCUUGUCUUUGAGAUGCCCUCGGCCCUGGCUCUAUCCGAGUGGAGUGCGUUUCUCGGGGCCGCGACUCAUUCCCACAACACCUAUGAGUACAUUCGCAUCAAGGAGGCCACCGGCACCGACAGCCACCAUCACCACGAUCUUGCCUGCCCAGCACGGCCGGGCGAGACUGUCUGGGUCGUUGGACUCAGUUGUGUCCUUACUGUCCUUGCCAACAGUCUGGACUUUGGCCUGGUCUAUCUGUGCAGCACCCCGACCUUCUAUCUGGUUGGCCAUCUCAAGUCGCUCCUGAUCGUUCUCACGGCCCUUGUCCUGGUCCAUCGUUCCGACCAGGAUGCCCGGUUUGCGGGCGACUCGCUGCAGCUGAUCGGGGUGCUGACGGCCCUCGCCGGACUCCUGGGCUUCAUAUACUCCAAGAAGUCAUCGGCUGGAUCGGGAGCCAUGGUCACAUCGACACUCACUCCGACACUCACUCACGGCAUCAAAGCUUCCCACCCAUAGAGAUACUCCAGCCAGCGAUGUUUGGUAUCCGUUUUGUUAUGGAUGAUUUGCCUCUGCCAACAAAAUGGAGUCAU